CGGCACAUUUGACCGUUGGACAAAUUCAACCACAGGCUCAAUUCAGCUAGCCAGUGGCCAGCUGCAGCACCUGAUUUGGAGAUUAAAGCUCAGUUUAGGUUAUUUUCCGUCAGUAUAUUGAACCAGUCAUGGACGAGUGGCGUCAACUGAAGCCACUGGAGUGGUGUAAAUAUGUCAACAAAGAGGUCAAAGUGACAGCGCACGAGAAACAACAACAUAAUGGUUGGGUUUUUACCGUUGAUCCAGUAUCUGCCAGCAUCGUCCUAGUGACCUUCCAGGAGAAGGGAGGCACGCCGACGGUCCGAGUUGUGACAGGCCACGCAGUGCAGGAGGUGGAGAUCCUCCAGGAGGGCAACGAGGAAAUGGCGGGACGGCUGAGGGUUGUUUUUACACCCCCGGGAGCCCGCGCACUUGGCCCGGAAGAAGUGAGACGCAGGAAAGAGAGCCUCCGCCUGUGGCUGGAAAAGAACCGCAUCCCCGUGGAAGAGAAGGGCGAGAUGCUGCGUGUGGCCAACGUGCUGACAGUGAGCGCCCCCUACGGAGCGGAAGACUGUAGCAGCUCCAACGAGAUCAUCCUGGCCCGAGUGCAGAGCCUGGUGGAGAGCAACCCCAAUUCAACUCCAGACCAGCCUGCCAACUCCUGAUGAAGGAUGCACUUUGACACAUAGGGCUGGUUUCCCACACACAGAUCAGGCUCAGCCUAGUCCUGGAAUAAAAUACAUUAUCUAUUUGCUUGAUCGCCAUUGAAAUAGUAUUUUAGUCCAGUACUAAGCUUAAUCUGUGUCAGGGAAACCAGCCCAUAGUGUAUCUCAAUAGUCUAAAAUGGUCUUAUCUCCUAUCCUUCAUCAGCCUCUGUGGAAAAAAACUGGACUGGGAAUUGGGUCUUGGCCAUGUGUCUUUCACCUAUCCUACGUUUUUAGAUAAGUGAAGGUCGAGGAGAGGAGGAGAGAAAGCCACUCUAGACUGUUGGGAUGAACCGAGAGACACUUAGGGUGCGUUCGUAAAUUCACUCUACUCCCGAUUUCAGAGCACUCUCGUCUGAGUGUGCCAGAGCGCAGAAUAUC